GCGCUCGCUCCCUCGCGCUCUCUCACACUCACACACUCACACACACUCACACACACACGCACACGCACGCACACACGGAGCAUCCUUCCGUCAGGUCUCCAGGUCCAGCCCCGCCCGCGCUCCUGCUUCCUGCAAACCUUCCUCUGCCCCCAAACUGCCCCCGCUCUCCAUUUCUCUCCGGCUGCGGGACCCUCCCCGCCGACCCUCCCCCCCCACCCCGGGAUGGAGCGUCUUGAGCCAGCCCGGAGCCCCCCGCGACCGGGGUGACGGUCCCUCGCCCCUCUCCUGCCCGGCCCCCGCCUUGAGCACCAUGGGCCUGAGGGGUUCCCGAGGCGCCAGCCACUGAAGAUGACCGAUGCUAGAGCUCUCUUGAGUCAUGGCUUCUUCAAAGCUCCGAGAACCCGCAGAUGAGGUUUUUGAUCUGGACUUGGCUGUGCCAGAGACCGCCAGACUGGACAGCAGUUUACACAAGGCCCGGGCCCAGCUGCUGGCCAAGGGCCGAAGACACCGGCCAUCCCGCUCCAGGCUUCGGGACAGUGCCAGCUCUGCUGAGGAUGGUGAAGGUUCCGAUGGGCCUGGAGGCAAGGUGACCGAUGGCUGCGGGAGUCCCCUGCACCGGCUGCGCUCGCCUUUGCACUCGGGCCCUGGCUCCCCGGGCGGGGGCUCUUUCUGCCUGGAGCCUCCUGGUUUGCGGCGCAGUCUGGACGAGGACGAGCCACCGCCGUCGCCGCUCACACGCUAUCGGCCCCUACACAACGCGGCCUCCCACGAGGGCCUGGCUGCCGCCUCCAGCUCGCCGCCGCGCUCCGCACCCUCCUCCGACAGCUCGCCCAGCUUCGCACGCCGCCACCCGCGCGCGGAGCCGCACAGCGAAGAUGACAGCCGGGAUGCCAGUCCUCCUGAGCCUGCCAGCCCCACCAUCGGUCUGGAUAAGAAGACUCGCCGGAAGUUUCUGGACCUGGGGGUCACCCUCCGCCGAGCAUCCACUGGCAAGAGCCGGAAGGAGAAGGGCAGCAACCGCCUGUCCAUGGGCAGCAGGGAGUCGGUGGAAGGGUCUGGCCGGUCAGGGGCCUCCCCGUUCCUGCCCUUUUCCUGGUUCACAGACAGCGGCAAGGGUUCAGCGUCCUCAGGCAACAUCACUUCUCCUGCCUGCUCCCCUAAACAUGAGGGGUUCAGCCCCAAGAAGUCAGCAUCACAGGAAUCCACCCUGAGUGACGACUCCACGCCCCCCAGCAGCAGCCCCAAGAUCCCGAGUGGUCCCCGGCAGGAGGCCAAGUGUUCCUACCCCUACCACACGCUGUCCCAGUCUUCAGAUGAGUUCCUGGAUGAGCCCCUCCCUACUGUCCAGCACUGGACCAGCCAGCAGGUGGGCCAGUGGCUACAUAGCCUCAAUCUGGAGCAGUACGCCGCUGAGUUUGCGGCCCGGCAAGUGGAYGGGCCACAACUCCUGCAGCUGGACGGAAGCAAACUGAAGAGCCUGGGGCUCAGCAACUCGCAUGACCGGGCGCUAGUGAAGCGGAAGUUGAAGGAACUGGCAGCAGCUGCAGAGAAGGAGCGCAAGGCCCAGGAGAAGGCUGCGAGGCAGCGGGAGAAGCUGCGGCGCCGGGAGCAGGAGGCCAAGAAGAGCUAGGGGCGGGCAGGGUGGCACUGGCACCUGGGUGCGGGCAGACACCAGGCUCAGCGGGCACAGGCCUCACCAGGGGGGUGGGCCUGGGUGCCAGGCUUGGGCUGGCCUAGCCCCACACUCUUGGGGGCACGUGCCCUCUCUCACUCUGUCUGGACCCAGAGUCCCCGGGAAGGGAGACCCCAGGGAGAGGGCCCAGUAAUAAAUCCGAUUCUGAGGA